AUGGAAUCACUUUCAAACCAUUCUAUUUCAGUGAAGACCAAAAACGAUGUAGUUUUUGAAGAAGUUACAAAAUCUACAUCUGAAAUACUUGGAAACAAGAUGUUGAUAAGAUCAUUAUUUACAGCUUCAAUGGCAAUGUUAAUUACCGUUGCUAAAUGGGAAGUGAUUGGUGUAUCCGCAAUUGACCCGAUUGCAACCACAGGAAAAGAAGCAAUGAUUGAGUUGUACAUGCAUGACAUUCAAGGAGGAAGCAGCCCAAUAGCUAGGCCGGUUACCGGCUUGCUGGGCAACAUUUACAGCGGGCAAGUGCCUUUUGCGAUGCCAAUAGGAUUCAACAUCCCGCAAGGUCAGAAUGCUGUCCCCAAUGCCAAUGGUGCUCUUCCAACUGUCAAUGGAGUAUUCGGGAUCCCACUUGGAACCGGCUUGGCUGGUACGAGCUUUGCAGGAGACUCAGGCAACAAUAACAACCAGAAUAAUGCCCAGUUGCAGUUAGGACCUGAUGGUUUGGGACUUGGUUUCGGCACAAUCACUGUAAUUGAUGAUGUUUUAACGGCUCAACCAGAGCUGGAGUCACAAAUAGUUGGGAAAGCUCAAGAAGUGUAUGUGGCGAGUUUGGCAGAUCGGAGUAGACAGAUGAUGACAUUUACCGCCUUGUUCGAAGGAAGGGAGUAUGGAGACAGCCUUAACUUCUAUGGCCUGUACAAGAUAGAGAGCGCCAUGUCGCAGUUAUCAGUGAUCGGGGGCACAGGGAAGUUCAAGAACGCAAGCGGUUUUGCAGAGCUCAGAGCUCUUAUCCCCCCUGGACAGGUUUCCACUGAUGGAGUAGAGACAUUGCUAAGGAUCACUGUCCAUUUGAACUACUAA